CUCCGCUCACUUCCUUGUUUUGUGGGAAAGUUUUAUUUUGGAAAGUCUCUGCUUUCUCUACCAUGUCUGUGCGUUAAAUAAUCCCAAUAAACUUUCUUUCUUUUAUAUUUAAAUAAAUGUGGCUUAUGGCGAAUUUUCGGUCUCGGUACUAGGUUUUUUUUUUUAUAUAAUAUAUUUUAAAGGAGUGUGAAAUGGACUUUAAACAGAAGUUUCCCCUGCACUGGCUUGUUUGGGAGAACGACUACAGACAGCUGGAAAAACAAAUACAGGCGCACAACAUCGAGGAGGUGGACCCGAGAGGACGAACCCCUCUACAUUUAGCCGUGUCUCUGGGUCACCUGGAGUCGGUCCGAGUGCUGCUGAGACACGGGGCCCAGGUCACCAAAGAGAAUGCCAAGAACUGGACCGUGCUUCAGGAAGCGGUCAGCACUGGAGAUCCAGAGAUGGUGCAGCUGGUUCUGCAGCGGCGUGAUUACCUCAAAGCCUCCACAGCUCUGGCAGGAGUGCCUGAGUUACUGUGCAAGAUCCGUGAGUCUCCAGACUUCUACAUGGAGAUGAAGUGGGAGUUCACCAGCUGGAUCCCGUUGGUGUCACGUGUGUGUCCGAGUGACGUGUGUCGCAUCUGGAAGAGCGGCACGAACCUGCGAGUGGACGCCACGCUGCUCGGCUUUGAGAACAUGACGUGGAUCAGGGGGAGGCGGAGCUACAUCUUCAAGGGAGAUGAGAGCUGUGCCGAGCUGAUGGAGGUGAAUCACGACGAUGAGCUGGUGGACACAGAGCGCUUUGACAUCACGCGUGAGCUGGAUGAGGUCACACUCGACUCCAUGCAGCCUGACCAACAGGAAGUGGCCAAGCGGCUGACCACGCCCAUCGUCAACACCUUCCUCGACACCAAAGACAUCUCGUUCGAGAGAUGUAAAUCUGGGAUCUGGGGCUGGAGAACAGACAGAACAGAAGUGGUGAACGGAUUUGAAUCAAAGGUUUUCUCAGUCAACAACGUGAACGUGGUGAUUCGCACGAGGACGGAGCACCUCACCGAUGAAGAGAAGGCCAGAAUCAAGAGUGAGAGGAACGUGCUGGAGUCUUUUCUCGGGACAGUAGAGCAGCAGAUCAGUGCUCAGGGGGAUUUAACUCUAGAGUACGCAACAGCGACAAACCCAACAGCCAUCACUCCGGAGGAAUAUUUUAACCCAGACUUUGACCUGAAGGACCGGGACAUCGGACGCCCCAUCGAGCUCACCAUCAGAACCCAAAGGUUUAAGGGAACGUUAUGGAUGAGUGAGGAGCACCCCCUCUCACUGGUGGAGCAGGUGACCCCCAUCAUCGACUUGAUGGCUCGCACCAGCACUCACUUCGCCCGUCUCAGAGACUUCAUCCAGCUCCGCUUUCCCCCAGGCUUCCCCGUCAAGAUCGAAAUCCCGCUGUUCCACGUGCUCAACGCUCGCAUCACGUUUGGAAAUGUGAACAAGUGCGGUACGGAGGAGCAGGCUGAAGCAAGCAACUCGGCCACAACACCUUCACCCACAGAGGACAUGGAAAGCGAGAGCAGUAAAGCUUCAGGUGUCGCUCCAUUCCAGGUGUCACCCUCUGUUUUCACUGUUCCUGCUCACUACCACCAGCGUGGGGGCAGCAGACACACACACGCACCCCACCCGCCUAACCACGACGAGGAGCUGCUGCAGUAUGCCAUCCACCAGAGUCUGCUCGAGUCCAACGGAUACAGCACACAGAACCCCUGGGGUGACUCUAAUGGAGUUUCGAGACACAGUCUGGUAGAAAGCCUCAGCGAUGGGAACGUCUCUGAAGGCGUCCUCGUGGAUCUCAGCGAGACCACGCCCACCAGCACAGACUCCGCCUCCAGCCCAGACUCCGAACUCCAACUGGCCAUCGAGCUGUCCGCCCGAGCGCAGGAGGAGGAGGACAGGAGGCGGAAAGAAGAGGAGGAGGAGCUGGAGAGGAUCCUGCAGCUCUCGCUUACGGAAAAGUGAGCGGAAGAAAAGAGACGGAGGAAGGGCAAAAGGGAAAGGCCGUUUCCUAUUCUGUAGCCUCGGAUCUCAACGGCACUCGACUUCCACUUCCUGCUCUGCCAUCCAUUACACCACGUAUCAUCCUGUUACGUGACCAGCGAUGCUUUUGCUAAGAAAAGAUUCAUCGCUCAUAGCCUAAUAUUAAGGACACACUUUAACUUGCAGCCUACAGACAACAGAAGCUUUUUAACCCUAACACUUCCUUAUUAUUCUGCCUUUUCUGAGACAACGACGAUGCUGCUGUGUUUUCUGAGCUGCUUCACUGAGGCCAUGUGAGAGAGUAGUGUGUGUGUGUGUGUGUGUGUGUGUGUGUGUGGUAUAAGUAUCAGAACCAUAAAAGCAAGCUCUGUGGAGUUUUACAUUAUCUCAGGGUUCUUAUGGGUUCUUUAAUAUAGUUCUUUAGUAUAGCAGGGUUGAUGACGCAGAGGAGUUUUGAGAUUAGAGAGCGUUCCAGAAGCUCCUGAAGAAUGUCACAGUUCCAACCUCACGCUCCGAUUAGUUAGAACUAGUACCGGGCCGAGGAUCCGUGAUACGGUCUGUACUCUGAUGCACGAUACAGCUGCUAGAACUUCAACAUUAAAGGUAACUAUAAGCGGAUAAGAAUUACGACGCAGUUCAGUAGUAAAGUAGAGAUUGGUAAAUAGCUGUGGUAUAAGAAGGAUAAAGCACUUUGCGGGGGUGUGGCUCUAGGAAAAGACUCAACUUCAGUGUGGUUACAGUGUAAUGGUGCUGCAUCCAGUUCCCUUCUUUCAGUUAAAAUCCUGUCUGAAGAGGAAAGCUGAUUUAUACAGUGAUUAAUGUUAAAAAUCUGAAAUUUGUCUUCGAUGCUCUGUAAUAAAAAAGAAAUAUCUGAUGUAUAUGAAGAGUGCAGGACAGGUUGCAGACAUCCGCUCACGCUCGUUAACCAGGUCAGGAUACGACACACCUCGACUCAAAGCAAUACUGAAACCACUGUGCCUCAGCGAGUGAGACAGGAGAAGAGCUGAGGAUGUUCUAGUGCCUGAGGUUUGCACCACAGCUGCAGGGUUUGGUGUUUAAUCACAUAAAUGCUCAUCUUUGUGGUACGGUAUUGUGUGAAAUUUCCAUCAGUGUCCGUUUUUUUUGGAUGUUUUCUGGCCGUAUGCGACGCUGCAGGUGUCUAAUCUGUAUCUCGAGCGUUGGAUUGGAUCGGUAAUCAUCACUGUGAGCUGAAGUAGAUGAAGACUUCAGUUUUCCCCACGUUUACAUGCUGUGUGUAAACCAGUUCACACAAACCAAAAGUAGCCACUUGCAGCAGAAGAGAAGGACGAGAGCGUAAGAUGAACCCUGUAGCUAGAGAUUUCUAGUCGGGUUCGGUCCAAACGUUACAGCAGUAUUUACACAGAAAGUUCCUUGUAUGCGGCGUCUGUGUUAUUGACAUCUCCUGGGUGUGGUU